AUGAGCGUAGGGUUCUUAUUUAAAUUAAGAAUAAAAAGAUUAUUUGCUUAUAGUACUAUAAGUCACGUAGGUUUUAUAUUACUAGCAUUGAGUAUUAACAGUAUAGAGUCUAUUCAAGCCUUUAUAUUUUACUUAAUGCAAUACUCAAUUAGUAAUUUAAAUGCCUUCAUAAUUUUAAUAAGUAUUGGUUUUUCUCUUUACUAUUACGUUAACGAUAAUGAAGAAUAUAAAGAAUUAGCCGAUAAAAAUAACUCACCUAUACAAUUAAUUAGUCAACUGCAAGGUUACUUUUACAUAAACCCAGUCUUAGCCUUAAGUUUUACUAUUACAAUAUUUUCUUUUGUGGGUAUACCACCUUUAAUAGGAUUCUUUGCGAAACAGAUGGUUUUAAGUGCUGCUUUAGAUAGUGGUUACGUAUUCCUUACAUUAGUAGGAAUAUUAACAAGUGUAAUAAGUGCAGUAUACUAUUUAAACAUAAUAAAACAAGUUUUUUUUGAAAAACCUGAAUAUAAAAUAAACCCGGAAAUAUUCUUUAACUAUAACAAUUUCUGUAUUAACCUUAAUAAUACUAUUAUUUAUAUUUACCCCACAAGAAUGAUUAAGUAUGGCUAA